AUGACUAUUGAAUCGAAUAAUGAUUCGGCUUUAGCCGUGGCAGAACGUAAUGGUCACACUCAACUUGUUCGAAUUUUAUGUGAAAAAACAGCUGAAACCGAAGAUCAAUCUCAUCUUCCCAAUACUUCACCCACAGAAUGGACGAUAGCACAGGAGCACAACGAAAGACGUGCCUUCGAGCGCAGACGUGAGCUUAAAUAUGAAAUCGAAUCAGAUGAUGAAUUUAUUAUGUUUAUUGAUCGAAUAAAAAGAUGGUAUAUUGAAAAAAUUCUAGUUAAAUCUGAGGAAAAACAAAAAAUUCUAAAGGUUUUUGAUAGAGCAGAAAAAGAACUCGAUCCAACGUAUAUAAUAAAAGCAUAUACAUAUGAAUCUGAUUUUUAUAGAAUAUUAAAUACUCAGCUAUCACGAGAACAUUUUAAUUAUGAUUCUAAUGAUGAAAAAAGCCAAUGUGCGCGCAACUAUAUUCUUACACUAUUAAUGAAUCAUCCAAAAUUAAAUGAAUACCGUUUCACCGGCAAAACAUAUCGUGGUAUGUAUAUGACAGACCACGAUUUUAAUCAAUAUAAAGUUGGUAUACGUAUAUUAUAUAAAUCAUUUUUAUCAACAACAAAAGAAGAAGCUGUGGCACUUCGAUUUAUUUGCCAGCCAAAUUUUAAAUUACGCGUUAUUUGUACAUUUAUUAUUCGAAAUCAACAAACAGCACUUGAUAUUGAGAAAAUAUCCGCAUAUUCAGGUGAAAAAGAAGUAUUAAUACUGCCAUAUUCAGUAUGGGAAGUACGAAAUAUCCGACAAAUGCACCGAAUAGAAAUUGAACUUGAAGAAUGUGAAACUCAGCGAAUUUCUAUCACUGAAUAA